CCGUCUCGUUGCAUGAGAUCUUCUCGAAGCCAGCGCUGUCCUAGUUAUGCCACGGCAGCAGGUGUCCUUGUCGGAGAGACGGGAGCGCGAAAGGGGUGAGAGAGAGGACGGGAGCGCAUGAUGUAAGCGAAAUAGUCGUUCAGGUAGACGGCGAUGAUGGUGUCCCAGGCUGGGGUUCUUGUGGUGGUGAUGGUGGUCAGGAGUGAAGAGGAGGCGGAGCUUUGGGUCAGACAGGCCCGAGGUCCCAGAGUUUUAGCGCGCCACCAGCGCCACCAACGUGACCAACACCACACAUGCCACCUUUCCAGGCACCAGAUUGAUUUGCUUCUUCUUCUUAUUCUUCGCACCCAGACUAUCAAUGGCUUCAUAAUUUUAUCAAUGUGUGCCCUCCUUUCCGUUAAUCGACUGGCCAUGGCUGCUUGCCAUGUACCUGCAUCUGAUUCAAUCGAUCGGGACCAGCUGACAGCCUCCGAUGAAUGUGACGUGACCGCUCCAUAUGGGGGCUCAUUUCUAAGCACCCCACGUCUUCUGCCCCUCACCCCACUGCGCCGUCAGAGCCGGGGACGGAGGGUAUAUCAGUACUAAAUAAUCCCACCCUUCUCAUGUCCUCUUUUUUCUUGCCGCCCACAUCCAACCGCGAAUUCAGACACAAUGGCAGAGCAGAAGCCCAACAUUACUCUCUACAC